UUGCCUGCGUAAAAGUUAAUUUUACUGAGAUUCAACCAGAGAACAUAUUGCAAAUAGCUACGACGUAUGCAGUUUCAGGCAUUUAUUUGUGGGAAAAUCGCACCAUGUAUGCCAAUGUAUCUUUAUCAAAUUCAGAUAAGAUUGGCUAUAACAUUUCAUAUACAGAUGGAUAUUUCAUAUACAGAUGGAUCAAAAACAACAGAAAAUACCGUCUAUAAACUAUUAAAUACUGAUUACAAUAAUUAUGCUUUAGUUUGCGGAUUCACAAAUGCCACUAACACAUCAAUGUCGUUUGGUAUAAUACUGACACGUGAACGCUAUCCAAACUUGACUCAAGUCAUUGACCUAGAGGACAGUGCCUCCCUUCUAUAUUCGGAUUUUGAAUUUGGCACUAUGCCACUAGUUACACAAUCACCAAAAUGUUAUACGGCUGGUGUUACACCUCAAUACUCUGUAUUCUCAACAAUAGUUGCAUUUUUAUAUUCAACUUUGGUACAGAUCGUAAUGUAAUUAAGUAGUAGUCUUAAUGUGUAAAAAUUAAUGGAACGUGAUAUGUACGUAUGUAGUUUUCCAGGUUGUGACUCACUCUUAUUAUUAAAAGGUGAUAAGAGAGUAUUAAUAAAAACUGAAACGGCCUUAUGCAUAGUAAAAAACUAACUGCUGACUAACAAGCUGCCAACUUUCCCUUAUGGGA